AGGCGGCGGCGUGGUCUAAUGACGUGACACCGCCCUAACAAGUCACGCUAAUAACCAAAUCUAACGCACCACUGUUACCGUAGUGUGGCACGCGCAUUUACGCUCGUUGCUGCAACCAAAUCCGCGCUUACGUAGAAAAUCCACUUUAUUCGUGUGUCGGGAAAAUAAAGGCCCAUCGAAGCACCUCCUCUCGUCCAGCAGCAGCUGUCUGAUCGCCCUCAGGGACGGUGACUCCGGUAAGAGCGGCAGAGGUCCUCGGUGAGAAGCGAGAGGAAGAAUGGCGGAUCCGAGCAGCACAGCGACGGUGGGGGCCGCAGGCUCCAACAGCGCUGCUGCCGACGCGGGCACCGUGGCGCAGGACGGGGCCCCUGGAGCUGCGGGAAACAAACCUGUUUGCGAGACUGUUAAGGGCCAGAUUUUUGACGUGGGUCCCCGCUACACCAACCUGUCGUACAUCGGAGAGGGGGCUUACGGGAUGGUGUGCUCUGCCAUGGACAACCUGACGAACCAGCGCGUAGCCAUCAAAAAGAUCAGCCCCUUUGAGCACCAGACAUACUGCCAGCGCACUUUGAGAGAGAUCAAGAUCCUGCUGCGUUUCCACCAUGAGAACAUCAUUGGCAUCAAUGACAUCCUCAGGGCACGGCACAUUGACAACAUGAGAGAUGUCUACAUCGUGCAGACUUUGAUGGAGACCGACCUGUACAAGCUGCUGAAGAGUCAGAGACUGAGCAACGACCACGUCUGCUACUUCCUGUACCAGAUCCUGCGGGGCCUCAAGUACAUCCACUCUGCUAAUGUGCUGCACCGCGAUCUCAAGCCCUCCAACCUGCUCAUCAACACCACCUGUGACCUAAAGAUUUGUGACUUUGGCUUGGCUAGGAUAGCAGAUCCUGAACAUGAUCACACAGGUUUUCUGACCGAAUAUGUGGCUACGCGUUGGUACAGAGCUCCAGAGAUUAUGCUCAACUCAAAGGGCUACUCAAAAUCCAUUGAUAUUUGGUCUGUGGGUUGCAUCCUGGCUGAGAUGUUGUCCAACAAACCCAUCUUCCCCGGGAAACACUACUUGGACCAGCUCAAUCACAUACUGGGUGUUCUCGGAUCACCAUCCCAAGAAGAUUUGAACUGCAUCAUCAACAUGAAGGCCCGGAGUUAUCUGCAGUCCCUGCCCGAAAAGCCCAAGAUCCCCUGGGAGAAACUCUUCUACAAGGCUGACUCCAAAGCUCUGGACCUCCUUGGCCGCAUGUUGACCUUUAACCCCAACAAGCGCAUCACUGUUGAGGAGGCACUGGCACAUCCUUAUUUGGAGCAGUACUAUGAUCCAACAGAUGAGCCGGUGGCAGAGGAACCCUUCACUUUCUCCAUGGAGCUGGAUGACCUUCCCAAGGAGAGGCUGAAGGAGCUGAUCUUUGAAGAAACGGCUCGUUUCCAGGAGAACUACCAAGGGUCCUGAGGCUCCCAGCUCUAAACGUGGCAUACCAACAGAGUCCUGGAACAAGAUGCCCCUGACCCCACCCACACGCUAACACAAAAGAACGACUCAUCAAGAAACCGAAAACAAGCGAGACAUAUGAACAUUUAAGUGCUUAUCUAUCCAUUCCGACUGCAGGAGAGCUCUGUGUCCUGUGUGGAUGACUGAGGCGGGACCGUGCAUACCCCCUCACAUGCUAAUCUGGUUUCUCUUGCAUCCAGUGGUAAUCUUUUCCUCACCUGUCAUCCUCCAUUAGCCAGUCCCAUCCUCUUGACCUCCCUCCUCCAUAGAAACCCGACUUCUCUUGUAACCCACUCCAUAACCAGAAAAUCAGAGGGCUAACAGUAUAGGGAUGUACAUAUGUUCUAAGGGUCUUCAGCUCUUUUUAGUGUGCUUGUUGCUGAUUCGGUUUAUUCAUCAAAUGGGUGUUCUUCUAAUCAGUUUAGCGUCAUGUUUUUGUAUGUUUUCAAGCUUUAUAUUCGCAUUUCCAAACACUUGAUUUUGAAAUGGACAGUUGAUGUUAUUACCAGAAUGUUGAUGGGUUUAGAGGUUUAUUUGUAUUUGUUUCUUCUUUUGGGUCUUUUUUUUUUGUUUUGAAAUGAAAAUCUAUAUGAAUGCAUGCAUUCCUAAAACGUACCAAAGUGGCAUAGGAAGCGAGGAACUUUGCAUAGGAGGAGGAACUACUAGUGCAUUAAUUGACACAUUUUAACACCGUUAUUGAAAUUAUUUUGAUUAGUGCCAUCAUCAGCCUAUGAACUAGUAUGUAAAUAUUUGGCAUAUUACGUUGGCUCAGAACAUUUGCUUGCGAUAUCAGGCGAUUUGAAGUUUGUCGCCUCUAUUGUCGUGUCCUUCAUUUCACACUAGGCUUUGUUAGCGACACAUUCCCAGUUGACAUUCCUUUAAAGAAGCACUACGCAACUUUUCUAGUGAAGGUCCUGCCACCUUAUCGUCUCUAUGAAGAUGUUACUAUUUUAUUUUCCUGGAAUGUUCCGCUAUAUAGCAUUAAACUAAUCUAUCUGUAUUUUCUCAAGUACCGUACACAUGUUUUUACAGCUCGUCUUUACAAAAAUCCGACCCGUAACUUGGUCUGGCGGCGUCCUCUACUUGUCUCCGCAGAGAUGGUUAACUAAUGCUAUACAUAUAAUGCUAACACUCUACGCAAAGCAAUAACAUCCUCAUCGAGACGAGCAAAGAAAAGUUCCGUAGCGCACCUUUAAACUUGCCUGUCGUUGCACUGUGUUCCUCUGCUGCUGUUUGCCCCAGGAGCCAGACACGCAUGCAGACCAGGGCUAUCCGAUAUAAGCCAGUGCAAUUUCCUCCCACGCUCUACAACAACUCAUUCCCAUCACCACGACGACAGCAUUCCCUAGGACUACUAUACAUUAUAUUACAACACAACCUCACCAUUGUAACUCCAGCUUUUUUGGGCUCCUCUCUCCUCUUACUGUUGCCUGUGCGCCGCUUUUUUUUGUAUUCCUUGGAUAUUGUCCGUGAACUGCAUGAUUGUACUGUACCUUUUUCUUUCCCUAUCCGUCCAUUUUCUUUCCGUGGAUCUGUUAAGUGACUGUAUUACUCGCUGCUUGUUCACAUGGCAGCUCGGGAUGCACUACAUGUUGCGCUGGGAAAACAAAAAAAACAAAAACAAAACGAUUAUUCCUAGAUCAACAAAUGCACUGUAACCUAUAGUCUCUGGACAGUACUUCUAUUUCUCCCCCAAAGCCAUAUUGUUUUUGGUGAUCGCAUUUUCAUCCUCCCCAAAUCUCGCUUUACUCAAAAGGGCUGCCCCCGUCCCAUUCCCCUCUAUCUAUCUAUCUCCCUUCUUACACUUCUGUUGUUGUACUACUACUUCUCCUCCAUAUUUUGUUUGACUUUGGCCAGUGAACUUGCACCAAUCAACAACUCAAUCGGCACGCCUGCACUUUGUCUCUCUCCAGCCACGCUCUCUGUAUCCCCUCUUAUGGAGAUAGUUUUUAACCUCGUGUUGUUCAGAACUAAAGGCGACAUAUUGUGCAAAAUCAACUUUACCAGAGUUUUUAGCCAUGUUAUUAUUAUUGUUUCUCAUUUACCCAUUCAAAGUUGUAUUUAGAGUGAUUCGUGGAUAACUCUUUAUGUCAUUGCUUCGAUCUGACCCCCGUUUUCACCACCACCACUUUUAUUUUUUAAAUCUGUGAUAGAAGUAGGAUUUGGCAGUGCCACGUAGCCGCUUUGGCACAAAAAAAUUUAACAAAAAAUCAGCUGCUCGACUGCGUGAUCUGCGACUAUCCAAAGGAGCGGUCGACAGCGUGCGGUGCUUUGUUGUGAUGACGGACGUUGGUGGUGACGUAAAGGGGCAGGCGGGAAUCGGCUCUCCCGGAAAUCAGUGCGCUUGUUUCUUUUAUUAAGUCGUUUUAGAUCAAUAUUGCGCUUUAAAAUGUUCAAACGUAACGUAAUGAUCCAUGAAUGCCAUAGAUUAUUGCUAAAAAAAGCACAAUAUGUCUUCUUUAAGCUCCCUCCUGCUUCGUGUGUAUGUGCGUAAGUGUGUGCGUGUUGCUUUUUCUGGUCUGUCUGCAGUAAUCUUCGUUGUGUAAAAGUAUUUGUACAUUUUGCGAAUGACAGCAACAAAACGCCAAGAUUCUUUCUACGUGUGUUUUUUGGAAAAGUGUUUGGGUUUUUUUCUUGUUGAUGUUGAUUUGCUUUCAACAUAUUGUAUUUUUGGCUGACUUAAAACGGGCCAAAUACCUUUUUCAACCAGGCCCCGCUUGCUUCAUUUCUAAUCUGCAACUAAAUCAACAUCAUACUGGGUAACCACGGCAACGGACGGAGCGAGAUCUUGCACUUAACACGCACCACAUUUUGUUCGUUGAGUAUCUUUAAGUCUAGAGGCCUGUUUCUUUUUAAAAUGGCUGUUUCUUAUUAUUAUUGCUAUUGUCGUUAAAAUGGUGAACUGUUGUAAUUUUUUUUUUUUUUUUUUUUUUUUACAUAAAGGGAGUUAAUUUUUUUUAUCGUAAUUUUAUUUGUAAUAUUUUGUUCAUUUUUUCUCUUAACGGGCGUGAUUAUAAUUCUAGGCUGUGUUUUCAAAAUCAAAAUCUUUUAUUUGAUUUUUCUUAUGAUUAAUUUUAAAAGAUAUUUGUAGAUUGUCUCAGAGAUAUGAGUUAUCGAGGGUUAUAGUCUGUAUAUUCUAUUGAUAUUAUGAAUUGAACAAUUAACAAAUACAGUUAUAUAAAUAUUUAAUAAAAUUUCCUGAUACUGGUCAAAUCUGUUCAUUUCUUGUUUACAAAUGAUUGGUGUACCUGCUUUGAGGCUUAUUAAAAUUAUAAUAAAAAUA